AUGUACAUCUGGAUUUAUUUAGGCCAGUGCCUCGGGCGUUCCGUGGUGUGCACUGGAGCCCGACACACCAACCAUCAAUCCGUCCUCGCCUUGCCUCACCUUGCGCACGCGUCGGAAAACUGGGGGCUGGACCAUCGAGGCACCUUGCCUGAAUUACCAAAAUUCCUCUGUUCAGUCAACGGACAAGGCUGUGAUCGCUCGCAAUCGGCGCCGUACAGCGAUAUGCCCCAGGAGAUAGAGCUCCUUGCAACAGAACAAUCCGCGCAUCAAUCAACCGAGAAAGGCAGGGCUUUACUUCCCGUGCCGGAGAGAACGUCGUCUCAGAAGCACCAAUCUUCGCCUACGGCAUCCGGACUCAGUGGUGUGACGGCCAGCGAUUCACGCCAGAGCCUCGGAGACCUGUCUAAAGAAUCCGCAAGCAUGAAAACUAGGCAACGAAACGGCAGUGCUUCCAGCCGCCGGUCUGGAGGUGAUACGGAACCUACCACUACCCCCAUCAACUCACAACCCACUUCGCCUGCCUCGGCACCCCAAAAGAAGAAGAAGAGUGGUGGCCUGCUUUCUCUUCUAGGCUGCUGCGGCGUUCCCGACACUGGAAAUAACGGAGAGGGGUCUGAGGAAAACGUACAUAGACUCGAUAAGCUACCAAACAGGCCAGCUUCUUCGCGGCUGACCGCCCACACUCCUCCCGACCAGCAGCCCACCGUUAACGUGAACAAGCGGUUAAGCGAGAAGGCGGCCGCUGCCGAGGCGGCGAGCAAGGAGGCCGCCCCCAAGGACAAGCGCGCCUCAAAUUCAAGCACGCAUGACCAGUCGACCGUUGCGGGUGAGCGAACUGAGCGAGAUUCUAAGCAGUCGACUAUUCCGCCCCCUUCGGUCCAUGUCCAACCUCCCACCAACGGCUCAACAGUAGAAGAGCCCAUCGCACAGGAGGGGACGGUGAGUGACGUGAGGGAUGAGGAAGGUGACAUCAAGAUGGCCGACGCCGAGACGUCAGAACAGCAGCCCCCAAUCACCCAAUCUCAGCAAGACGAGCAGCUAGCUCAGAAGCCUUCUGAGCAAGAAAAUUCCCGUGGCGAGUCUGCCGUUCAAAUACCACCCGUUCCUACGGUACCCGACUCGUCGGGCGACGCAGCAACAACUCAUACACACGAUGUUUCUGACGCGUCGGAUUUUGCUCCCGAACCUCAGCAGAUCUCCCUAUUACCGCCCAUUCGACCUGAGCACAAGGGAAGGAAGUGCCUCGUUCUCGACCUCGACGAGACUCUGGUCCACAGCUCUUUCAAGAUUCUCCACCAAGCCGAUUUCACCAUCCCUGUAGAGAUUGAGGGAAACUACCACAAUGUCUAUGUCAUCAAGCGACCCGGUGUUGAUGAGUUCAUGAAGAGGGUAGGAGAGCUUUAUGAGGUUGUCGUCUUCACAGCCUCAGUCUCUAAGUACGGCGACCCUCUCCUGGACCAACUCGAUAUCCACAACGUUGUGCAUCAUAGGCUGUUCCGCGAAUCCUGCUACAACCACCAAGGCAACUAUGUCAAGGACUUGUCGCAGGUUGGACGACCCCUGAAGGACACUAUCAUCAUCGACAAUUCGCCCACCUCGUAUAUUUUCCACCCCCAGCAUGCCCUCCCAAUAAGUAGUUGGUUCUCAGACGCGCAUGACAACGAGCUCCUCGACCUAAUCCCUGUUCUGGAAGAUCUGGCCGGCUCCACGGUUCGGGAUGUGAGCCUCGUCCUCGACGUCACUCUUUAG